GGGAGAAACCCUAUCAAUGCUCAGAAUGCGGGAAAAGCUUCACUUGGAACUCCCAGCUAACUAGACAUCAAAUCUCGCACACUGGAGAGAGGCCGUAUACCUGCCUGGACUGUGGGAAAUCCUUUGUCUGCAGCUCUGAGCUCCUAAUCCACGAAAGGAAUCACACAGGAGAGAAGCCCUAUAAAUGCCUGGAGUGCGGGAAGUGCUUUGUUUGUAACACGCAACUCAGUAUCCAUCGGAGAACCCACACCGGAGAGAGACCCUACAAAUGUCCAGAGUGCGAAAAAUGCUUCAAUCGGAAAGAAAAUCUUGCUAUCCAUCAGCGUACUCACACGGGGGAAAAGCCCUACAAGUGCUCAGAUUGUGGGAAGUGCUUCAGUUGGAAUUCACAGCUGGGUAGACACCAACGAGCUCACACUGGCGAGAGGCCCUUUGCGUGUCUGGAGUGUGGGAAACGCUUCCUUUGCAGUUCGGACCUGAUCAGGCACGGAAGAAAUCAUACAGGAGAGAAACCUUACAAGUGCUCGGAGUGUGGAAAGUGUUACAUUUGUAAUACCCAGCUGAGUAUACACGAGAGGACUCACACGGGGGAGAAACCCUAUAAAUGCUUGGAGUGUGGAAAAAGUUUCAGCGAGAAUAGCUCCCUCACUUCCCAUUACCGGAUCCACACUGGAGAGAAACCCUAUAAAUGUCUGGAGUGCAAAAAAUGCUUUGCUCGUGGUUCUGACCUUAUUAAACAUGAAAAAAUUCACACGGGGAAGAAACCCUACCAAUUUACGGACUGUAGAAAGAAGAGCUUUCACCAGAAGCCGGAACUUCACACCAAAGCAGAGAUCUUGGAUCUGGUGGUGCUGGAGCAGUUUCUGACCGUCUUGCCCCCAGAGAUCGAGUGCUGGGUGAGACAGUGUGGGGCAGACACCAGUUCUCAAGCGGUGGCCCUGGCCGAAGGCUUUCUCCUGAGCCAAGCGGAAGAUAGGAAGCAGGAAGAUCAAAAGAAACAUGUCGCUGAAGUGGCUCCACAGUGGAUCUUAGAAGGAGAUCAUCAAGAUGGUAUAUCACUGG